AUGGAUUCCGAUUUUGGGUACAUAUACGAGCAGUAUGUUGAGUCAUCCGACGGCUCAUCAAACGAGGAGAAGUACUCUGAUGAGACGGCGAUGAUGCAGGCGGUCCUUGAAGACGCGGAGUGUGCGGAGGAACAUGUUCUCAAUUUCAAGGGCUCGAUCAAGGGUCAUCGAGUGCUCAACCGCAACAGGGCGCAUGGCCAUUUGACACUGAUGGCCGACUACUUUGCCCCUGAUGCACUAUUCACUGGCCAUUUUCACCGGCAUUUUCGGAUGCGCAAGGCUGUCUUCGAUCGUAUCUACCAUGGCAUCCGGUCCUACGAUGACUACUUCAUCCUGAAGAAGGACGCCAUGGGAACGAUUGGCUUCUCUAGUUACCAGAAGUGCACGGCCGCACUCCGGAUGCUUGCAUGUGGCACAACCGCUGAUUCGUGGGACGAGUACCUAUGGAUGUCUGAGAGCACAUGCGGAGAUGCUAUGGUCAGGUUUGCAACUACUGUAUCGAGGUGUUCGGACCUCAGUACCUGA